AUGUCAGAUGGGGCUCGCUCGAGAUUCCCUCCGGGCAAACCGUCCGCUUCGUCACGACGGCAUGCCUGCGAUCGUUGUCGAAGGCAGAAGCUAAAAUGCGAUGUUGAGAAGCCAUGUUCUCUAUGCAUGCGCUCUGGCUUUGUCUGCGAGACAACCUCGGCACCUUUGCGCAAGUCGAUCCGAUCCUCUAGGUCUUCCGGCUUGCGGGAUAGAAGCAGCUAUCAUUUGCGCUCUGGUAUGGGGACUCCCUUAGGAGUUGAUCAAGCCCGUCGCGGCUUCCAUCACGGCCUCAACAAGCAUUUGGAAUCCCUUGCCGAACCCGAUCAAUAUCACCAAGCAUCUGCAGUAGAGCUUACUGAUCAGCUUUUUCAGAAGCACGAUCAAGGGUCGCAAGCGUCACCUGCGGCUCCUGGGAACACUUCUGCGCUUCCUGGAGGGGCAUUUCUGAGCACCCGAAACCUGGGACACGCCAGCAGGGAAGAAAGUACUAGCCUCGCUGAACACUUCCCGGGCCUUAUACUUCCAUCUCGGGCGAUCUCGGACUUCUUGCUGCAAUCGUACUGGGACUCGGUUCACUGGUUUACACUGCUCUUCCACAUUCCUUCAUUCGAGCACAGCUACCGCCAGAUUCUCGAUGAUCAAUGUGUAACUGCCCGGCAGAAAGGCACUGCAGUCCUGAUACUAAUGGCGCUCACACUGGGGGCCACAUAUGCCCCGGACGAGCAAAGCAUGCAAAUGGGGAUCUCUCGGUCAGAAUUAUGUGUCCUGCAGGAGAGUAUGCUGAACCAGAUCCGAUCCCACUUUUUUGACAUGUUAGACACAGGAGGGGUAGAGUGUGUGCAGUUAUGCAUCCUGCUCAGUACAUUUCACCUCUACACUGGUAAACCGAACCUGGCAAUGCCCAUACUUGGCGCGGGCAUCCGCAGUGCCCAGGCGCAGGGGCUGCACAAGGAGGCGCUGUGGGGCCCUGCGAAUGAGAUUGUGGUCGAAGUCCGCCGGAGGACUUGGUGGGCUCUCUAUGUUUUUGACAGGUUUGCUUCCAUCACCUAUGGUCGGCCGCCUUCGAUCAGCGACUCGCAUUGUGCCGUGACCAUGCCCCGAGAUUUGGACGAUCUGAUGACGGUGCAUCCGGUAUUUAGCUUGAACCACCAUCGUGAAUCGAAUGCAGACCGGCCACCCGCUACCUUGGGCGCGUAUCAGAGGCACAAGUUUGAGCUCUAUUCCAUUGCCGCUCCGAUCAUAGGCGAUAUUUACGAUCUUAACGAAGGGAAGUGGGAAGCGGUCAUAAACCAGGCUGUGGAGAUUAACACGAAGCUAGUCGCAUGGUUUGACACGCUGCCCUUGGAGCUGCGACUGGAGCACCAUCUCGACCUGGAUACCUCGCAUCUAACCAGGCAGGAAGCGGAGGUGUGUCGGGUAUUCGAGCUUCAGGCCUUGGUCCUGCAGCUAGCGUACGACAAUAUCCAGAUUAUCCUCCAUCGACCUUUUCUCCGAUACACACGGCGCCUGAUGACUCAGAGCUCUCGCAGCUUGUACUCCGAUGCGCAGCCCACCAGCUUCGAACAGUGCGAGCACUGCGCUCGGCGCACCUGCAGCAUCAUGCCACGGUACCAGAGGGUCCUGCGCGCCGCCCAGACUACUCAAGCCGCCGCAUAUAUCGCCAUCCAGAACUUCACCGCAGGCGUGACACUAGGGAUGGUAGCCCUCUGCAACCUGGGGUCUGUGCAGUCCUUAAAUGCCAAGCGCGGGGUGGCGAAUUCCAUUGCGCUGCAGAAAAUGCUCGCCGCCUGCUCCGUCGUAUCGUCGCAGACGGUCAAGGUCCUCAAAGAGCUGCUGGAGCUGAUCUUCCGUCGAGAAUUGCAGAGUUUACUUGGCCAGCCCGCCGCGGAGCCAUGCCCUCCGAGUCGCAGUGACAGGAUGACGCAUGAACCCAACGGGCGCGAGCGCCCGGCGGCACACCGUGGUGGAUUUGCAGAUGAAGGGGGCCUCGACCCGUCCGUGUCGGCCAUAAUUUUCAACGACCGAGCAAGCACGGAGCAGCUUUCACCCAAGGUCCCGGGGGCCUCAGAGGCGCGGAGGGAUGCGCAGGGUCCAGCCGAAAUGCAGCAUGAGGGGAUGAGCGCGGCGGCGCCGGGUGACGAAGUCGCCAAUGCGUUUCCCUUGGUCUGCGGAAUUGAUGAGGCGCUCGAGUUUGUACAGCGAGUACUGUGGGAGAACUCUGACCCAAGCAUACCUCCGAGCAAUGACAUACUGGCCACCACCGGCAUGCAGCUCGAGGCGUCCGCACAACCGCCGCCAUCUGUCCCACCAGGAUCAACCUUGUCCGACUCCUUGGGCAAUCAUCUAAGUCCGAUGGCCUCGAUGGCCGAACCUGCGAGUCACGGCCAAAAUAAUUUCAAUACUCUGCAAUUAAGUCAGAGCUGGAUCUGGAAUCCUACUGACUUCUCUUGA